AUGGCGUCCUCAGUCAUAUGCGGAUGCUGCCUCAUUCUGCCCUCGGGGCGUGAAACGUACCUUCCUCUCCAGUCUGUGUCUGCACAGGUGCAUAUCGCUGAUGUCCUGGCUCGUGUCACCCUGACGCAACACUUUGCGAAUGUCAAUCGCACAGACCGUGCAGCCACAGCUCGAUAUGUAUUUCCUGUACCAGUGGGCGGCGCAGUUUGUGCUUUCGAGAUGCGUACCGCAGACGGGAAAGUGGUCGUAGGCGAAGUUAAGGAAGCUCAUCAAGCCGAAGCUGAGUUCACGCAAGCAGUGUCACAGAACAAGAUGGCCGGACUGUUAGCGAAAGCUGCCCCAGACGUCUUUGAGGUAUCGUUGGGUGCCAUCCCACCUCAACAAGCGAUCAAGACUACUAUAACGUAUGUUACAACACUGGCCGAUGACGAACUCCUCAAACAAGUUCGUUUCUCGCUGCCGACCUACGUCGGUGAAAGAUAUGGAGUGUCUCCUCCAGCGAUCCAACGCUCGACAGCAAAGUACGCGCGAUUCGUGCUAUCUGCAGAAAUACAGAUGGCCUCCGCCAUCGAGCAAGUCGUUUCACCAUCUCACGCGGUGAAGAUCACUAUGCAGAAUAGCAGCGACUCGAAUUCGCGCUGCAGCGUCAUCCUCGACCCAUCAACGGCUGCAUUCCUAGACAAGGACUUCGUCCUCUCGAUCAGGGCGAGCAAGAUUGACGCCCCACGUUGCGUCGCCGAAGCACUGGCGAACAAGCAUUCCGUCGCACUCUCGCUGACCCUCGUGCCCCGCUUCGGAGUGAAGCAGAUUGCUAGCCAGGAGUACAUUUUCUUGAUCGACAGAAGUGGAAGCAUGAGGGGAAGCAAGAUGGACUACGCAAAGAAGGCUCUGCUCAUCAUGCUCAAGUCGCUUCCGACCAACGGGACUGCGUUCAAUAUUGUUAGCUUCGGCUCUUCGCAUACGUCACUUUGGCCAGUCAGUCAAUCAUACUCGCCAGCUACACUGAACACAGCUGUUCUCCACGCUGAUUCGAUGGAAGCGGAUAUGGGAGGCACGGAGAUUGGGUCUGCACUGGACACUGUCCUGAAGUCGCGUACCACUGCCGGACCAACCUCCGUGUUCGUUCUCACAGACGGCGAGGUAUGGAACGUUGACAUAUUGCUUGCAAAUCUGCGGAACAGCGUUUCAGCCGCAGGAGACAGCGCAUCUGGCACGUACUUACGCCUUUUCACUCUCGGCGUUGGCCACAGCGCAUCGACCGCCCUCUGCAGUGGCCUCGCCCGAGUAGGCAACGGACUCUGUCUCAUGACUACGCAGAACGAGGAGCUGGCAGGGAAAUGUGCCAGGCUCCUACGUGCGAGUCGUGUGCCGCCUUCGGGCAAUCUGCGGAACCUCCGUGUUGACUGGGGAUACGCUGGCCCGGACCCUUCACUGGAAGUUGAGGCUGAAAAGCCGAAAAUCAACCUUCCUGCCUCUCCCGACGUUCAGCAGGCUCCUCACGUCAUUCCUGACUUCUACCCCGGAAGCCGGUUCAUUGUCUCUGCUAUACUCUCUAAGACUACACAAGUCCCAAAGUCUGUUGUGCUGCGUGGAGAGACCCCAGAUGGCCAGGCGAUGGAACUCAAUAUCGCCGUCACUGCUGCAGACUUCCAGAAGGCCUGGCCACCCCUCAUCCACACGCUCGCCGCCCACAGGAUCAUCCAAGAACUCGAAGAUGGCUAUGUAGACACUCUGGGUAUUGCAGGAGAAGUCGACUCAGCGCGCAGCAAGGAGAUCGCCCGGGAGGCGAUCGUGCGAUAUUCCACAGAAUACCAACUGGCGAGCAAAUACGCGUCAUUCGUUGCGGUUGAGAAGGACAAGGCGGAGGACACUGGCUUCAAGGACGACAGCGACUUGGAAGCCCUACAGAACGUGCGUAUCGGCCAAGUCACGUCGGAUAUUCUCGGGCCCAGCACGCAGUCGAGCAGGGACAUAUGGACUCGCAGGGCUCGUUUGGACUCCCAAGUAGCCCUGGGUAUGGACGCGGGGCGCUUGCAAGUAAGUCUGCGAGAUCGACAAGGGUGA